ACAGCCAGGGUGGUGACUUCCGGCUUGCCGAAGAAAGUUGAGCUGGGGAGGUUUGCUGGCUCCUGAGUUUUGCAAAAUGGACAGCCAGGGAAGGAAAGUGGUGGUUUGUGACAAUGGAACCGGGGUAAGUUUAUGAGUGGAAAGCUGCAUAUUACUGAUUUCUAUUAAUUCCGUAUUUUUCCAAGGCAGAAUGACAGAAGAAAACGUUUCUCUGAAACAGGAAGUGGAUGAUGUGUCGCUAGCACGCUAACGUUAGCUAGCUAAAUCGGUAGGUGACGCUAGGCAGGAAUGUCAGUCCGUUUCUACAAUUAUCUACUGCUAGCUAUUUCAUCAAUGUCUUCCAAUACAUUGAUGAAAUACAUUUCACGGUGCAAAUUUUAAAUCGGCCUUUUAGCUCAAACCUAGUAAAUCGUUUGAUUUAGUUUUCAUGUUAGUUAGUUGGCUAACUAGUCUUGUUAGGUUGGCUAACUAGCGUUAGCUAACUACAUUUUCACAACAUGUUUUUGUCGACAGGUUUUUCAGCUGUUGAAUGCAUUAUUGUUUUUAUUUUUCACUUGUAAAUUCACAUUUGUUUCUGCUGGUCCCUAUGCCUCACGUUCAACUACAUAAUUAGUUAAGCUAGCUAACGUUAACCAUAACCCAUGCCUUUGUGUUAAUAGCUAGCUGGCAAUAUCCUGUAGGGUAUCCAGUAUUUUUAAUGGAAUGCUAUAAAAUAGUUGCAUCUGGAAAAUAGCGCCAGCGCUGCGUUCCUCAUGAUAACCGUGUUUCUAGGGAUUCUGAGGUCCCUCCAACAUUUAUACAGGUGGGUUUAGACUAGGACCUAGGUAGUGAAAAUUGCUUACAUCUAUAGUACUCAGAUCCUUAAAAUCUGGACACACCAAAGGGGUCCUAGUGGUUGUUUUUGGACUGGACUUCUGACUCUCAGCAGUUCGAGGGGAUGCUGGCUUAGUGUGUAUGUAGCUAAAAAAGUGCUCACUGUGAAGGGCUAAAGAAAUGAGUCAAGCGGAAGUGAGACCAGUUUCUGAACCACAGCUAUGAUUCGAAGACACAACACAUUCACAUUUUAGUCAUUUAGCAGACGCUGUUAUCCAGAGCGACUUACAGGAGCAAUUAGGGUUAAGUGCCUUGCUCAAGGGCACAUUUAAGUCAUUUAGUAGACGCUCUUAUCCAGAGCGACUUACAAAUUGGUGCAUUCACCCUAUAGCCAGUGGGAAAACCACUUUACACAUUCACUGUUAGGCUAGAGCCUUUAACCCUUACUCAAGCCUACUGAAGCGAACGUCACAAAUGUGUUCAGUAAUUGCUCUCUAAUGCCCGAAGAAGUGUAGACUGCAAUUUUGCCAUUGGUCAUAACUUAAUCUCUCGUUACUUCUGUGUAACUGAGAUUAGUCAUAAUAACUAGGCUAUUUUGCUUUGGGGAGUCAAAUAAACCCUCUCUCUUCCACGUUUGCCUCAUCUCUCCACAUCCUUUCCCACCUUUCCUCUCCACCCACUCUCACUCUCUCUUCCUCCUUUCUUUUAAUUCAAUCCAGUCCAAUACAAACAAUAUUUAUUGACAUGGAAGGAACAGACCAGUUGCCAGGGCAAUAUACAGUGUUAAUAUAAAACAUUUUAAUAUAUGACCUCUCUCUCUUUAUCUCUGUCUCUCACAUAUCUCUCUCUCUCUCAGUUUGUGAAGUGUGGCUAUGCAGGCUCCAACUUCCCCGAGCACAUCUUCCCUGCCUUGGUGGGCAGGCCCAUCAUCCGCUCCACAGCCAAAGUGGGCAACAUUGAGAUUAAGGUAAUACUACUACGCUCCCCUCUCCUGUCCAACACUCCAUCGUUGGUUCAAAAGUUACCCCGACACAACAGCCCCUAUUCCUGGACCAUGAAGCAUGGACUAGGCUUAGUCUAAUCUAUGUCUGUCAUACUAGCUCCCUGAGUCUAGUAACACCUAUUUUUAAAAUGGCUAGACAAUUGAGAUUUAUACCCCUUCCUCUCUCUUUGUUUUAUUGGCUGACUCUCUACUUUAUGCUCCACCUCCUUCACCUGUCAUCACAUGAUGAAGUAGAAUAGUCGGAAGAUGGUGAGUGCCGUGAAUUCCCGGCUGGUGUGUGCAGGCCCAUAUCCGUGCCCUCCCUGGUUGCCUGACAGGGAGAGGGAGUCAUGCUGUGUGUCUGGUCCUACUACAUAGCUGCAACAUGUUGAGGGACUUUUUAGUUGUUAUUGUCCAUGUUUUAAUUUGUCUCUAAUUUGUGUUUUAUUUGUCUAAAUAUUUGUCUAAUUGUAACAUUUUAAGUACUUCUGUUGGGGAAAAUAGAUUCUAAAUGACUAGGCAGAUAGAAACCUAGCGAUUGAGAGUCCACUCCUUCACUGUUGCAGUUCCUGUUUUUCGUCUGGAGUUAGUUUAGCAGAAGUAACUUGGAUGCUGCAUGGGGUGCGUCCCAAAUGACACCCUAUUCCCUAUAUAGGGUGAGCGUACCCAUUAAGCCCUCUUCCACCUUUUUGGGAUUAAAAUAAAAUACACUUUUUCUGCUGUUUUAAUGUUUCAACCAAUUAAUCUGGUUGUUAUAUCCAUCACAGUUUUUAUUCUUAGCCAAUCAGAUGUUGUAGUAUUAAGUUAUUGACAGUUGUGUAAGUUCCCCUAGUGGCCAUUUCAAAGAUGCAAAAAAAAACCUUUGGUGUCGAGGCAACCCUUUGGUACCCUCUCAGAUAAGUCAUCAUACUUUAUGUAAAAUUAAGAAAUUGUGCUGAUACAUGCACAUGCAGUGGUGGAAAAAGUACUAAAUUGUCAUACUUGAGUAAAAGUAAAGAUACCUUAAUAGAAAAUGGCUCAAGUAAAAGUGAAAGUCACAAGUAAAAUUCUACUUGAGUAAAAGUCUAAAAGUAUUUGUUUUUUGGGCUAAGAAGAUAUAUAUAUAUAUGUGAAACUAUUUUCUAUUCUCACUCCUGGUGCCUCUGGGCUAGCCUACCUCUUUGGUUCCAGACAGCUCUGGGUUAAUGACAGCUCUGGGUUAAUGACAGCUCUGGGUUAAUGACAGCUCUGGGUUAAUGACAGCUCUGGGUUAAUGACAGCUCUGGGUUAAUGACAGCUCUGGGUUAAUGACAGCUCUGGGUUAAUGAUGCAGCAUAGAGUUUCUCUCUACUUUAAGUAUGAAAUGAAUACAGUAAUAACAGUGGCCCAUCGAUCAGAUAUCAGAGUAUGGCUCCAGCUGUGAUUCAUGUUAACAAAAUACUUCAAAAGAGUCUGAGUAUGGAUGCGUGCGGUAUCCAGGAAGUUAGUCAGACCGCCAGUUGAUUGGCGGGACAAACAGGAUGGAAGCAGCAGGUCUUCAUUGAAAACACAUGGCACUACCAGAGGGGGGGCUCCCUCAGUGCCAAAACACACACUGUAUCAACUGUUUCACUAACCUGGUCCUAGAUCUGUUUGUGCCAACAAUUGACCAUAGCAGUUGGCACAAGUCAAGACAAUACAAACAGAUCUGGGACCAGGCUACUGUUUCUACACUUUUUCGGUCAAGUAGCUUUUGUAGGCACAUGUUUCUAGUGUGCACUGAUGAGUCAGGCUCAGGGUAUGCCAGUGGAAUAUGAAACGUUGUAGUGUGUGGCUAACACUUGGCUAACCUAUCAUGUAGUGAUUCCCAAUGCCGGGUUUGCAUGUAGCUCUGACUGACCCUUGCUCAAAUGAGAAUGAAUCCUAACAUGAAAUGCAUGCAGAUUUUCAGGCAAACCUCCCAUUGACAUCAAUUAAUGAUCCAUGCAAGUUACUUGCAUGUAUUUCAAGUUAGGAUUGUGCCCGUUGUGAAAUUAGAUGAAAGAGUACGCUGGGCAGAAAAGGAACAGGUCUUAAGAGUGAAUGCAUGGAAACAUGCUGUAUUGAAGAAUGCAUUCUGGGUAAUUGCUGAUGGCCGUGACUGGGCUCUUUUGAGCACUGCAUAUGUGUACAUUCCAUGACUGUGUCUCAUUAGGCCAUCAUGGAGGCAGUGUUGACAUGCCCCUCCAUUACUGUGUCCCAUUAGGCCAUCAUGGAGGCAGGGUUGACAUGCCCCUCCUUUACUGUUUCAUUAGGCCAUCAUGGAGGCAGUGUUGACAUGCCCCUCCUUUACUGUCUCAUUAGGCCAUCAUGGAGGCAGUGUUGACAUGCCCCUCCAUGGCUGUCUCAUUAGGCCAUCAUGGAGGCAGUGUUGACAUGCCCCUCCAUUACUGUCUCAUUAGGCCAUCAUGGAGGCAGUGCUGACAUGCCCCUCCAUUACUGUCUCAUUAGGCCAUCAUGGAGGCAGGGUUGACAUGCCCCUCUGUUACUGCUGGGUCUGGUGAAAGCCGACUGUGCAAUUAAGCUAACUGUCGGAUUUCUCCAGGGUCAUAUUCGUAAGGCACUCCACCGAUCAAACCCAAACUAUCCCACAGAGAACAACACCUGAGCUUGUCCAAUAAGAAAAAGGCAUGUUUUUGUUUACUGUUGCAAAAUGCUUUGUCACGUUGUGCGCUAAUGAAUACGACCCAGGGGUGUCUAUCUGACCUUAAACCCCUAACGUCUAUAGGACCUGAUGGUGGGCGAUGAGGCCAGCGAGCUGCGCUCCAUGCUGGAGGUCAACUACCCCAUGGAGAACGGUAUCGUCAGGAACUGGGACGACAUGAAGCACCUGUGGGACUACACCUUUGGCCCUGAGAAGCUCAACAUCGACUCCAGGAACUGCAAGAUCCUGCUCACCGAGCCGCCCAUGAACCCCACCAAAAACCGCGAGAAGAUCAUUGAGGUGGGUAGGGGUGUGUAUAUCGGUGGGGGGUGGAGGGGGGUGUGCGUGUAGGAAGUUGACUCCAAGUGCAUAGCACCAGCUAGCUACCUCUCUGACCUCAUUGCCGUAUGAGAACUGAUGUAGGAACAGCUCUGUGAGGUUCAGUGUGUUCAUAAUUAACAGAGCUCUAAAGCUGUGUGAGGUUCAGUGUGUUCAUCAUUAACAGAGCUCUAAAGCUGUGUGAGGUUCAGUGUGUUCAUCAUUAACAGAGAUCUAAUGCUGUGUGAGGUUGAGUGUUCAUCAUUAACAGAGCUCUAAAGCUGUGUGAGGUUCAGUGUGUUCAUCAUUAACAGAGCUCUAAAGCUGUGUGAGGUUCAGUGUGUUCAUCAUUAACAGAGCUCUAAAGCUGUGUGAGGUUCAGUGUGUUCAUCAUUAACAGAGCUUUAAAGCUGUGUUAGUUUCAGUGUUCAUCAUUAACAGAGCUCUAAAGCUGUGUGAGGUUCAGUGUGUUCAUCAUUAACAGAGCUCUAAAGCUGUGUGAGGUUCAGAGUGUUCAUCAUUAACAGAGCUCUAAAGCUGUGUGAGGUUCAGUGUGUUCAUCAUUAACAGAGCUCUAAAGCUGUGUGAGGUUCAGUGUUCAUCAUUAACAGAGCUCUAAAGCUGUGAGUUUCAGUGUGUUCAUCAUUAACAGAGCUCUAAAGCUCUGUGAGGUUCAGUGUUCAUCAUUAACAGAGAUCUAAAGCUGUGUGAGGUUCAGAGUGUUCAUCAUUAACAGAGCUCUAAAGCUGUGUGAGGUUCAGUGUGUUCAUCAUUAACAGAGCUCUAAAGCUGUGUGAGGUUCAGUGUGUUCAUCAUUAACAGAGCUCUAAAGCUGUGUGAGGGUCAGUGUGUUCAUCAUUAACAGAGCUCUAAAGCUGUGUGAGGUUCAGUGUGUUCAUCAUUAACAGAGAUCUAAUGCUGUGUGAGGUUGAGUGUUCAUCAUUAACAGAGCUCUAAAGCUGUGUGAGGUUCAGUGUGCAUCAUUAACAGGGCUCUAAAGCUGUGUGAGGUUCAGUGUUCAUCAUUAACAGAGCUCUAAAGCUGUGUGAGGUUCAGAGUGUUCAUCAUUAACAGAGCUCUAAAGCUGUGUGAGGUUCAGUGUGUUCAUCAUUAACAGAGCUCUAAAGCUGUGUGAGGUUCAGUGUGUUCAUCAUUAACAGAGCUCUAAAGCUGUGUGAGGUUCAGAGUGUUCAUCAUUAACAGAGCUCUAAAGCUGUGUGAGGUUCAGUGUGUUCAUCAUUAACAGAGCUCUAAAGCUGUGUGAGGUUCAGAGUGUUCAUCAUUAACAGGGCUCUAAAGCUGUGUGAGGGUCAGUGUGUUCAUCAUUAACAGAGCUCUAAAGCUGUGUGAGGUUCAGAGUGUUCAUCAUUAACAGAGCUCUAAAGCUGUGUGAGGUUCAGUGUUCAUCAUUAACAGAGCUCUAAAGCUGUGUGAGGUUCAGAGUGUUCAUCAUUAACAGAGCUCUAAAGCUGUGUGAGGUUCAGAGUGUUCAUCAUUAACAGAGCUCUAAAGCUGUGUGAGGUUCAGUGUGUUCAUAAUUAACAGAGCUCUAAAGCUGUGUGAGGUUCAGAGUGUUCAUCAUUAACAGGGCUCUAAAGCUGUGUGAGGGUCAGUGUGUUCAUCAUUAACAGAGCUCUAAAGCUGUGUGAGGUUCAGAGUGUUCAUCAUUAACAGAGCUCUAAAGCUGUGUGAGGUUCAGAGUGUUCAUCAUUAACAGAGCUCUAAAGCUGUGUGAGGUUGAGUGUUCAUCAUUAACAGAGCUCUAAAGCUGUGUGAGGUUCAGAGUGUUCAUCAUUAACAGAGCUCUAAAGCUGUGUGAGGUUCAGUGUGUUCAUAAUUAACAGAGCUCUAAAGCUGUGUGAGGUUCAGAGUGUUCAUCAUUAACAGGGCUCUAAAGCUGUGUGAGGGUCAGUGUGUUCAUCAUUAACAGAGCUCUAAAGCUGUGUGAGGUUCAGAGUGUUCAUCAUUAACAGAGCUCUAAAGCUGUGUGAGGUUCAGAGUGUUCAUCAUUAACAGAGCUCUAAAGCUGUGUGAGGUUGAGUGUUCAUCAUUAACAGAGCUCUAAAGCUGUGUGAGGUUCAGAGUGUUCAUCAUUAACAGAGCUCUAAAGCUGUGUGAGGUUCAGUGUGUUCAUCAUUAACAGAAGCGGUCCAGCUGCCCUACAGGCUCACGCCAGACCAUAUUUGAUGCCAGUCUUUUAAAGUUCUCUCUCUCUGUGUUUCUCAUAGGUGAUGUUUGAGACGUAUCAGUUCUCAGGGGUCUACAUCGCCAUCCAGGCUGUGCUGACGCUAUAUGCUCAAGGUACUAGACUAGAGGAACACAGCCUCUUCAACCCUCUCUGUUUCCCUUUAAGCCCCAACUCAACACAGCUUACUCCUAUUCAGAGACUGUGUGAAACUUAUCGAGGGUGUGUGUUAAUUAUCUUAUUGUGUGUGUCUGACCUCUCUGUGUGUGUCUGACCUCUCUGUGUGUGUCUGACCUCUCUGUGUGUGUCUGACCUCUCUGUGUGUCUGACCUCUCUGUGUGUGUCUGACCUCUGUGUGUGUCUGACCUCUCUGUGUGUGUCUGACCUCUCUGUGUGUGUAUCUGACCUCUCUGUGUGUGUGUCUGACCUCUCUGUGUGUGUCUGACCUCUCUGUGUGUGUCUGACCUCUCUGUGUGUGUCUGACCUCUCUGUGUGUGUCUGACCUCUCUGUGUGUGUCUGACCUCUCUGUGUGUGUCUGACCUCUCUGUGUGUGUCUGACCUCUCUGUGUGUGUCUGACCUCUCUGUGUGUGUCUGACCUCUCUGUGUGUGUCUGACCUCUCUGUGUGUGUCUGACCUCUGUGUGUGUGUCUGACCUCUCUGUGUGUGUCUGACCUCUCUGUGUGUGUCUGACCUCAGGCCUGCUGACAGGUGUUGUGGUGGACUCUGGGGACGGUGUGACACACAUCUGUCCGGUGUACGAGGGUUUCAGCUUGCCCCAUCUGACACGACGCCUGGACAUCGCUGGGAGGGACAUAACCCGCUACCUUAUUAAGGUACCUCUGACCCUUCACCUCUGACCCCUGGAUCUCGUACACAUUGAUUGCCCCUCAUUCACUGGUUUGGCUAAAUGGAGUACAGCUAUGGACAGAAGCGACUUGACUUAGCAGGUUAAGAGAAUUAACGCAGCAGUUUAGGAUAAUUUUUCAAAUCAAAUUUUAUUGGUCACAUACACAUAUUUAGCAGAUGUUAUUGCGGGUGUAGCGAAAUGCUUGUGUUUCUAGCUCCAACAACUCUCCCUGUCUUUCUCUCUCUUCUCUAGCUGUUGUUGCUGAGGGGCUAUGCAUUCAACCACUCUGCAGACUUUGAGACGGUGCGUAUGAUGAAGGAGAAGCUGUGCUACGUGGGCUACAACAUCGAACAGGAGCAGAAACUGGCUCUGGAGACCACCGUGCUGGUUGAGUCCUACCAGGUCAGUACCACUGUCCUACCAGUCAAUACCACUGUCCUACCAGUCAAUACCAUUGUCCUACCAGGUCAGUACCACUGUCCUACCAGGUCAGUACCACUGUCCUACCAGGUCAGUACCACUGUCCUACCAGGUCAGUACCACUGUCCUACCAGGUCAGUACCACUGUCCUACCAGGUCAGUACCACUGUCCUACCAGGUCAGUACCACUGUCCUACCAGUCAAUACCACUGUCCUACCAGGUCAAUACCACUGUCCUACCAGGUCAGUACCACUGUCCUACCAGGUCAGUACCACUGUCCUACCAGUCAAUACCACUGUCCUACCAGUCAAUACCACUGUCCUACCAGGUCAGUACCACUGUCCUACCAGGUCAAUACCACUGUCCUACCAGGUCAGUAACUAACCUCUGUGCUGGUCGAGUCCAACACAGUCAGUGUUGGGAAAAAUCCUAAAUAGACCUCUAGUGACCAAUUCACCACUUUUGGACAACAUUUCUGGACCCUAAAUAACAGACCAGGAUAAAUGGCGUUUAGCAGCUUUUUUUAGUCUGGAGCUUCAGUCCACAAUAACAUCUUUAUGAUAUAUAGAACCCCCCAAUGACCCCCAAGGAAGUAUUUUAUCCCCUUAAAAGUAGCACAAAUGAUGAGUAACAGAAUAUGCCACCACACAAGGCUAAACACUGGAGUGGGCGGAGCUUCAGGGGAACCAGGAAGUGCUGAGCAGCUGUUUCUUCCAGGGAGUGUGUGGGUGGAAUAUUCCUCCAUGAUAUUAUUUUCUUUCCAUAAGAAGGGAACGCAUAAAAAAACACGAGCACACCUUAAAUGUGUGUGUGCAGCGUGUGUGUGUAGCGCGUGUGUGAGACAAGGUGGGUAGUGUGGCUGUGGGGGCAGCCGUAGGCCUGACGCGGACUGUGACAUCAUAUCCUGUGUGGCCACAGAGCGGCGGUGGCUGGGCAUCUCUCUACAAGACACUAUACUACACAUUCACCACACGUAUGUCUGAUCAACAUAUAUACUCCAUCCUCUGACUUUCUCCCCCUGCAGCUCCCAGACGGCAGGUUGAUCAAGGUGGGAGGGGAGCGGUUCGAGGCUCCAGAGGCGUUGUUCCAGCCACAUCUCAUCAACGUAGAGGGAGUAGGGGUGGCAGAGCUGCUCUUUAACACUAUCCAUGCAGCAGACAUCGACACCAGGUAACUAACACACAGUACGCACACACUCUUUUUCUUUUUUUAUCGUCACCCCUUUUAAUUUCCUCUUUCUCUCUCCCUCCCCUCCCCCCGUCUCUCCCCUCCCCCCCCGUCUCUCCCCUCCCCCCGUCUCUCCCCUCGCCCCCGUCUCUCCCCUCGCCCCCGUCUCUCCCCUCGCCCCCGUCUCUCCCCUCGCCCCCGUCUCUCCCCUCGCCCCCGUCUCUCCCCUCCCCCCCGUCUCUCCCCUCCCCCCCGUCUCUCCCCUCCCCCCGUCUCUCCCCUCCCCCCGUCUCUCCCCUCCCCCGUCUCUCUUCUCCCCCGUCUCUCCCCUCCCCCCGUCUCUCCCCUCCCCCCGUCUCUCCCCCUCCCCCCAUCUCUCCCCCUCCCCCAUCUCUCCCCCUCCCCCAUCUCUCCCCCUCCCCCAUCUCUCCCCCCUCCCCCCAUCUCUCUCUCUCCCCCCUCUCCUCUCUCUCCCCCCUCUCCUCUAUCUCCCCUCUCUCCUCCUCUCUCUCUCCCCCCCCUCCUCUCUCCCCCCUCUCCUCUCUCUCUCUCCUCUCUCUCCCUCCCUCCCCCUCCCUCCCCCUCAGGUCUGAGUUCUAUAAACACAUAGUGUUGUCGGGUGGUUCCACCAUGUAUCCAGGCCUUCCAUCUCGACUAGAGAGAGAGCUCAAGCAGCUCUACCUGGAACGCGUGCUCAAAGGCGACGUGGACAAACUCUCGGUGAGAACAACUCUUUAAAAUGUAUUUUCUUUUAUUAAUACAUGUAAGUCAAUAACAGAUUGUUAUUCACAAUGAUUACUUGUCUAAGGGACAACCGGUCCCUAAUGGUCCUGAAGGGUGGGAGCAAGGAUGUAUGUUGAAAGUAUUGGGACAGGGCCCACUUCCUCAACGUGGUGCAGUGUUGUAGUUAAACCACUAGGUGGAGACAGAAGAAACAUAUCUGAAGUAGUCAGCUCAUAGUACAGAACAGAAGUAGAACAUAUAAUCACUGAUCUACAAAUCACCUUGCCUUCUGAAUUACUACGCAUUAUAUGACGAGGUCAAGAUUAGCAAUCCUGUGCCAAACUCCUCCCCUCAAACAUGACGCUGAAUUGCCCCGUCUCCCUCUGUAGAAAUUUAAGAUCCGCAUCGAGGACCCUCCGAGGCGUAAACACAUGGUGUUCCUGGGAGGGGCUGUGCUGGCGGACAUCAUGAAGGACAAAGAUAACUUCUGGCUGACCAGGGAGGAGUACCAGGAGAAAGGUGUCCGGGUGCUGGAGAAACUAGGGGUCACCGUCAGAUAAAGGCCCCCAUAAUGUUAGUUAGACGACCCCCCCCCACCCCACACACACACACACAAUCAAACAUACAUAUAUAUACACACAAACACUGAAGGGUCAUCAUAGAGAAGUACUAGAAUUGGUGACUAGAAGGGUGUGUGUAUAUAACACACACAUGGUUUCCUCCCCCAUGGCAGACUAGAUAAUCUAUUUAUCCAUCUUCUUCCUCCUCUAUACAACAGAAUCACGGCAUCACCAGAGGGAGUCAUGACAUCACCCCCCCCCCCCCAUGUCUUCUGAUGGCCUAGUAUAGUUUAGCUCAUGGUUGAUAGGGAUUUUGUGGAUGGUAGUAGAGUUCAGGGUGUAUAUCAAGUCUCCUGAAAAAUUCACACGGUGAAAGUAAUAUGGUGGAAAGUUAUAUUUUCAAACUAGUGCAGAUGAGGGUUGAGGUCAAUUUCAGUGAAAACAGAAUGGUCCCCAACCCUAAUGCAGAUGAUGACUUUAGACUAUUGAGGCCCACCCCUAGAACAGUUGAACCUCUCGUCUCCUUACCAAUCACUUCUAACUUCCCUGUCCUCUUCAUAAAGGAGUAGCUAGAAGCUGUCCCUAAUCGCUGAUGCAGGGACAGAUGUUAUUUCAUUUCCCAAAUGGUUAAAGGGACCGUUGGAGAUUUUGGCAAUUUAAGGACUUUUUUUCUACUUACCCAGAGUCAGAUGAACUCGUGGACGCAAACUCCCUCCCACCAAAACAGGCUGAAAUUUCAGGCGGUCUUUUCAAACAGCUCUUACAUUAAAAAGGGCAUCAUCAUCAUUUUCACAGUUAGACAAUAUUAUUCCAACCUCCAUAGUGUGGAAAUGUAUAUAAAACACAGGAAAAUCACGUUUUUGCCUGCACUGGGCCUUUAAGGUCAGGGUACGGUUAGGGUUAACUGAUCCUAUAUCUGUGGUUAUUUAGAGGUAACCAUAAGCUUUCUAGGACGUCACAAUCAGGAUCCAUCUCAAACAGGCAUUGGCCAGUCCAGUAUAUACACAAACCAUUAUUAAUUGAGGACUGAUCAUGUUUUUAUAUCGUCUUUUUUUUUGUUGUAUAUCAUGAUUUAUUAAUUUCUCUUUUUGGGAGAGGGAUGUCUUCUGUUGGAUGUAUACAGAGUCUCGUACCUUAA